CCCUGGUGUCCCCUCAGAGCUUCAAUCGGAACCUUCAUCCACACGAGAGGUUUUCACCUCGUGAUCUCCUUAAGAAAAUCAAAGAGCAGAAGGAAGAGCUGGGCCUGAUCAUUGACCUGACGUACACAACGCGCUACUACAGGCCAGAGGAGCUCCCAGACACACUCUGCUACUCAAAGAUCUUGACAAUGGGACGUGAAAUACCAAACAAGGACACCAUUUUUCAAUUCAAGUGUGUCGUGAAGCAGUUUUUAAACGCGAACAAAGACAACGACAAACUCAUCGGAGUUCAUUGCACGCACGGCUUGAACAGAACUGGCUACCUGGUUUGUAGGUACCUGAUUGAUGUGGAAGGCAUGGAGCCAAAUACUGCCAUAGAGCUGUUCAACAGGGCUCGAGGGCAUCCGAUAGAGAGAACCAACUAUAUCCAAGAUCUUCGGAAGAGAUCUGGGAAGAAGAACUGUGGAGUAAGGAACUCGAGCUCGAGCCCCUUCAGAGAAAAAGCCAGCGCUGCACCAAGCGCCAAAAAGCAGGUGGUGAAACAUCAUCCACAUCGCUCGGAGGAAGCCCCUUUAGCAGUGCCCAGAAGCUCCAGCAAAUCCAAGAAGAGCCGCCGGCGAGGCUCGGCCAAGGCUGAGGAGCAGCACCCGGAGGUGGCCGAGGAGCCCGCGGCGCCAGAGCCGAGACGACCCUGCAAGUCUGCAGCCAGGAACUGUCGGGUUUCCGCGCCGGCUGAGGAGUGGCACGACGGACUCUGCUUUUCCCCCCUCAACCCCCACCUCUGCCCGGCCCAGGAAACGCAACCGGCCACCAAGAAACGCCGGCGGCGGCGCAAGAAACCGGCCCCCACGGAGUAGGGAACGGAGCCGGGAGCCUCUGAGACGGGUCCGUGGCUUGGCUUGUAAACACCAGCAGUCAGGAAGGGCAAAAC